AUGGCGGAGGGGAGCAUGCAGCUAUCAGAGAUCAACCAGCCUAACAAAACCGCUAAUGGUGGUGAAGAGGAGUGCACGGUGAGGGAGCAAGACAGGUUCAUGCCCAUAGCCAACGUGAUAAGGAUCAUGCGGAGGAUCUUACCUGCUCACGCCAAGAUCUCAGACGACUCCAAGGAGACGAUCCAAGAGUGUGUCUCGGAGUACAUCAGCUUCAUAACAGGGGAGGCCAAUGAGCGUUGCCAGCGGGAACAGCGCAAGACCAUCACCGCCGAGGAUGUCUUGUGGGCAAUGAGCAAGCUCGGUUUUGAUGAUUACAUUGAACCCCUCACGCUGUACCUCCACCGCUACAGAGAGUUGGAGGGUGACAGAGGAGUUGGCUACAAUGCUGGUUCCGUGAGCAUGACCAGUGGCAUGGUGGUCAAGAGGCCUAAUGGGACCAUGGCCGAGUAUGGAGCCUACGGUGUUGUGCCAGGGAUUCACAUGGCGCCGUACCAUUAUCGUCAUCAGAAUGGGUAUGCUUACAGUGGUAAUGGUAAUGAACCUGACUCUAAAAUGGAUGGUCCAUCAUCAGCAGCUAGUGGCGCCAGAGUUGAACUGUUUCCAUCUCAGCAACAUAAGUACUGA